CUGUGUGGCCGGAAUGCCGCUGCUGCAACCAGCUAAAAACGACGAGGGGGUUUAAUUAAGCUCCCGUCCGCCGGCGACGUUCAUUUCUCCGGACGGCUGGUGCUUUGAACAACCAUAAAGGCACGAAUAUGUGGAGUGUCGGGGGAUGCUGAGGGUUAAAAUGGAUGCUCCUUUACCCAAGAACAACAAAACCUGCAGAGGAGGAGGAGGAGGGACUGAAGCUCGCACGACGGACUGAGUGGCCAUGGAAACGAAGGAGAACGGAGGUUCGAUCGACGUCGACUGGAGCGAAGGCGAAGAACGCGGCGGCGAAGGCGAAGUAGGCGGCGGCGAAGGCGAAGCGUGUUACGUCGCACUGAAGGAGCGCGGCAUAGGGGGUCAGGAAGCCGGGAAGGGUCAAAUGCAUAACGAGAGGAACGUAAACAGAGACGCUAGGGAGAUGAUGCUGCAGAAUGGAGUUCGCGGCGAACACAGCGGCAUGAAUGGGUUCGCCGGGUCGUUCGCCCGGGAGGAGGCGAAGAUGUUCGGCGAAGGGGGAGAAGUUGGGGUUUCCUGUCCAGCUGUGCACGGGGGGCGGGUGUCUGCAGAGAUGCGGCAGCCUCCUGCAGGAGAGAGCGAAGGGGAAACCCCCGAUUCUGACGACGCAACCCUGGGCGAACAGCUGAGCGAACAGCCGAGCGAACAGCCGAGCGAACUGGGGAUGCACCAGCAGAACUGUGCAUGCACACAGGAUGCAAACAUGCAGAACGGGGGUGCAUGCAGUGAUGUGAAGGUUGCAAACGGUGGUUUACACAUUGGGACCAACGCCAGAGCGACAUAUGACUGGUCUGACUCGGACUGGUCCCCUGAAAUCAAUCCCAGCAUGCACUUCGACCUGGGGGAGAGGCAGGAGAACGGGACCGGGUCAGGGUUUCGUCCAAGGAGCCAAAGCGACCACGGCGGGAGAUUGGUGUCUCAGUGCCCGGGGGAGGAUGCAACAGAUCCCCCUCACUUCCUCCACCCAUCCAAGGACUCCCCCACCCAGGGAUCAAGUGCCAAACCCCCCUCAUCCUGCCCUUCUGAACCCCACAUCAAGGAGGAUCUCGGUGACCCCACAUUACCCGUGAGGCCGCAGACUUUGAGGACUAACUCCAACAUGGUGUUGUCCCUCAGCUGCGACGCCACCCCGUUGUCCCCUGACGAGGACGAGGACGAGGGGGGCUUUUAUUUUGGAGAUGAAGGGUACGAGGAGGACUUCAGGGGCGUUUUGGAGGCCGGUCGCAGGCAGAGCGCCCCGGAUAACCUGCAGGAUCUGACCCAGCAGACGGACGGCUCGGACCCCAAGCUGAUGCCAAAGAGGUUCGGCAUAGCUGAUUUCUUCACCAGGAGCCUGUUUUCUAGGAAAUCCAAAGAGCCAAAGGCAUUGUCCCAUAAUGCAACAGGGUGGCGACUGUUCGGCAAGACACCAGUCAGAGAAGAUCCGCCUACAGACCCCGACCCCACGUUGUCCACAGAGCAGUGUCCAGAGGAGGAGCAGGAGGGAGACCCGGAUUUGUCCUCUGGUCCUCAGCUCCCCUCGGCUGCAGGGAGAAGGAAGAACCUGGAGUUUGAGCCUCUCUCCACCACAGCUCUCAUCCUGGAGGACCGUCCAGCGAACCUUCCUGCCAAAUCACUGGAGGAAACUCAGAGACACAAAAUGGAGUACGAUGAGAUGGUCGCAGGAGCCAAGAGGAGAGAGAUGAAGGAAGCCCAGAGGAAGAAGCGACAGAUGAAGGAGAGGCACAGACAGGAGGACAGCAUCUCCAACGCCAUGGUCGUCUGGAACAACGAGAUCCUGCCGCACUGGGACAACGUGAAGGGAACGAGGCGGGUCAGAGAUCUCUGGUGGCAGGGACUUCCUCCCAGUGUCAGAGGACGUGUGUGGAGCCUCGCCAUCGGCAACGAGCUCAACAUCACACCAGAGCUGUAUGAGAUCUUCCUGUCCAGAGCCAAAGAGAAGUGGAGGAGUUACAGCGAAACCAGUUCAGUCAACGACAGCGAGAGUGAUGGAGGGGCGUCGCUGGCAGACAGAGAGUCCAGUCUGGACCUCAUCAAACUAGACAUUUCCAGAACCUUCCCCUCUCUCUUCAUCUUCCAGAAGGGUGGCCCCUACCAUGACCUCCUGCACAGCGUUCUGGGGGCCUACACCUGUUACAGACCUGACAUUGGCUACGUCCAGGGAAUGUCAUUUAUCGCUGCUGUGCUGAUCCUCAACCUGGAGGAGGCCGAAGCCUUCAUCACCUUCGCCAACCUGCUCAAUAAACCCUGUCAGAUGGCCUUCUUCAGAGUUGACCACGAACUGAUGUUAAAGUAUUUUGCAGCCUUUGAGGUUUUCUUUGAGGAGAAUCUGCCUCGUCUCUUCAACCACUUCCAAACCAACAGCCUGACCCCUGACCUCUAUCUGAUCGACUGGAUCUUCACUCUGUACAGUAAGUCCCUCCCUCUGGACGUGGCGUGUCGGGUGUGGGACGUCUUCUGUCGGGACGGGGAGGAGAGCUUGUUUCGGACGGGGCUCGGUAUCCUGCGUCUGUUCGAGGACGUCCUGCUCCAGAUGGACUUCAUCCACAUCGCCCAGUUCCUAACCCGCCUGCCGGAGGACAUGCCGGCACACACGCUCUUCACCGCCAUGGCCAACACACACAUGAUCAGCAGGAACCGCCGCUGGGCUCAGGUGUUUUCUGCGAUGAUGAAGGAUGUAAAUAAAGAGAUGGACAAAAACAGCAGCCCGGCUUUGAGAAGCUAACACUAGCCACCCUUGACGCUAAUGCCAUUUUUCUUCAAACUAAUCGUCAAACGCAAGCUGUGAAGGUUGAAGCUCAUGCCAGCCAGCCGUGAACUACAGAUGAAAAUGCUAGCUCGACCAUGUCAGCACUGCUAACAUCAAAGGUUAGCUGUGAAGCUUGAAGCUACGUAGCCUGAAGCCAAACUUUCCCUCCAGAGGCGUCGCUACGAAGCUUGAAGUGAACACGAGCCAGCCGUGAAGGUGAAGGUGGAGGCUGAGGUCAGAAUUUUGGACCAGAGUUGGAGGAAGAACUGAAAUCUGUGCUGGAACCAGAACGGGGAUCCAAAGUGGUUGGUUAAUUCUAAACUUCAACACCCAUUGUCAGUAUUUUUCCAGACAGAUUUUUGGAGGAGCGACUGUUGUUGUAGCAGCAGUGUCACUGAUCUACCAGCCCACAGAAGCUGAAGAAUUAAAACUAACUUUCAGAUAAUAUUCUGUGUUAUUUCCCCUGUCAGCUGGAAAGGAAUAUUCACCUGCUUGUGGAUAUCCUGCCUCCAUGUUGGGACACAAAACACCACUAAUAACGAGCAUUACGACCGUGUAAUUCUCCCAAAAGGCUCAAAUUCUCAUUUUCGGUGCUAACGAUUUUCUAAAGGCUUCAAAAAGGACUUCUGUGUUUUAAUAAUUAUUGUAGCUCCUCGUAGGUUUUGAGUCCACACUACUAUUUAUUUGCAUUUUUAACUUGAACUCUGGAUCUUAAAAAUGAUGGGAAUCUGCAGUAGCAUGGCUGAUGCUGAAAUAUACUAGUUGUAGCUGAUAAAUUAGCCUCCCACUUUAGUAUCCUUGCUUUUUAAUGGUCAUCUGUAGGCAAAACAUAACUGAAUAUGGGAAGUUUGGGCGGGAGGAAAACACAGGACUAAACAUAAUGGGGAAAUGGAAUAAUUUUGAACACUAUUGUCUUCCGUUAAUUAUUAAGAAAAUAAAUAAUACAUAUCUUAUCAGUGAUCUUAAUCAAGUACAAGCAGACUAAAUAUUUUGAUGUUUUUACAGGAAAUUAAUUAUUUAAUGGUCCAUUGGGCUCAAAAAGUAUUUUCUUGUGUUAAAUAUUUGAAUAUGUCAUCAUUUAUAUCAAAAAUCAAACAGUAUAUGGGGGAAAUUUAGUGAUGUGGACAUAGAAAUUCAACCAAACAAGAUUUUGAGAUGUUAAGACAAAAAAAGUAAUAAAUUCAUUGAAAUGUGGAUUCAUAUCAAUUUGAGCUAAAAAGACAGACGUCCGCUUUGGAUAAUGUUGUUUGGGUCAAAAUGAUCCAUAUGAACCUUAAAUGUAGGAGCGCAGGGCCAUCACGGUUUAACGUCAGUGUUUCAAGGACCCAGAUUUAUCAGAGCACUUUAUAUAUGCAGCGCUGAAGCUACAUCAUUGAAACAAAACUACACAGAACGAGCUCAAACUAAAUAAAGGGGGCAUUAAGUGCCUCAUUGUUUCCUCUCUCCGGGGUUAGAGGGAACAGAACUACACGACUACGACAUGUAGGCGAAACAUGCAGAUACCAGAGCAACAAUACGGUCUUGGCUUUUAGCUUUUACUAGUUUCAGCUUGAGAAUGAAGCUUUUUAGUCUUUGCAGCAAAACUCUUCUCGCUUGUUCCAUCGUCUGAAAAUGCUAGAACAGAUUGAAAGUUAAUAUUUAUUAACAUCUGCACAUGAUACAGCAUUUCAAUGCAAGGAAAUGAGAAGUUUUGUUUUUUUAUAUAAUAUCUUGGGAGAUUCUUAAUUUUAACAUUAUAAUAUCUUCCUCUCAAACUUCAGAUUUUGCCUCAACAUAAAACUUUCCUCCAUCGUAAAGAGUCUGCUGAUGACUUUACCGCCCCGCUGUUUAAUGACCUAACUGCAAAUUGUGGACCCAUCACGUUAAAAUGAUUAGCAAAUGAAUCAAUAAGUUGAUCUACAGCUACUUUUAUGAUGAAUUAAUAGUGACAUUCUCUGAAUCCAGCUUCUUAAAUGUGACGUUUUUCUGCUUUCCUUUAUAUGAUUUAUAUUGUAAAAUUGAAUUUUGGACCAUUGGUCAGACAAAACAAGACAUCUCCAGAAAAUGUGAUAUUAGACUUUUAAAAAUAUUCCUUACAUUUUAUAGAUGAAGCAAUAACAGCUGCAACUAACAAGUGUUAUUU